GGGGAAAGAGCCAGCGGAUUUCUGGAAUGCUAUCGGACCACAGGACAGGAAGUCAUAUGACUGCAUGCUACAAGAUCCUGGUAAAUUUAAUUUUACCCCCCGCCUUUAUCACCUGAGUGCCCAGUCAGGAACUUUCGUAGGGGUGGAGCUUAUUAGCCCCUCCCACGUGAAUGGUGUCAUUACAGCAAUGCCCUUCCUCCAGGAUAAGUUAUAUGCCGUGCCACAUCCAGCACUGUUCCUGCUGGAUAACUAUCUAGAGGUGUAUUUAUGGCAAAGUUGUGAAUCUUCGGUCUCACAGCGCUCUCACUGGGACAAAGAGAAGAAGUGUGCCAUGGAGACCGCUUUACAGUACUGCAAAGAGAGGAAUCCCAGGCGGCCUCCCAUGGCGUAUCUUAUCGAUGAAGGGGCGGAGCCUCUCACCUUUACUAAUAUAUUCCCUUCAUGGGACAUGAGACUGACACAGGAAGCACAGGACUGCACGGCGUGUAAAAAGCUAACUUUGGUGCAGGAUGCUCUAGCUGCUGUUAAUAAGACCCAGUUCCCCCUCAAAGAUCUGCUGAAGAGACCUUUACCCGAAGGAGUGGAUCCUUUACACCUGGAGAACUACCUGUCUCAGCACGAUUUCAAGGUUGCUUUGGGAAUGACAUGGAACGACUACAACUGUCUAUCAGAUUUACAGAAAAUGGACCUGAAGAAAAGUAAAGGACUUUACUGAGUGUCAGCAGCAUUUUAAAGAUGUGUUUGUAAGAUGGCACUCAUGUGUACAGUGUAACUGUGAGUGUGUUAAACAGUGAGUGUGAGUGUGUGUCCUUUCAGUCCGCUGCUUUUUUUAAUGCCUAUUGUCCAGCGCUCGUUUUGGCCAAAAGCUUUCUACUCAAAGCUAGACAGAACUGUUUUACUCUGACUUUGAGAAAUAGCGGUCGUGUUUUUCUUUUCUUCCCUCCCUUCCUCCACUGCAGCUGUUUCUCCUCCCUCUUUCUUCAUCUCUCCCUGUCUGCCUCCUCUCUCCACACAAAGCAGCACAUGUGAGGUCCGAUUGUUUCACUGAACUUACAGCUGAAUUUAGUAAUGUUUAUUUUAAAAUAAAAAUAUCAUGACAUCUUUUCGCUGUGAAACAUUUAUUCACCUUUACAAAUCUCAAAUGCAUAAACCGUUUGAGAAUCAGAGAACAAACAGAGAAACAAACAAGAAAUGUCAGUAACAAAGUUGCUCCGAGAGGAAAUGAAAAGAGGAAAUACUCAAUCAAUAACUGAAUGUGCAAUAUAUUCUUAGCAUCGAAACUUGAAAUUUGAAUAUAAUACAUGAAAUGAGAGAGUCUUGAAUGUGUGUGGCUGUUGAAAGUGUGGUGGGGGUUGAGGGAAGGAAUUAGUGUGGAUUUAGACUUCAUGUGACUCUGGUGAAAAAUGACAUGCCAUGGCUAGAUAGCAGGUGAACAAAAGAAUGUAAGUUUUACUUGCUGCAAACUGUUCAUAACCAGCUAGUCAACUGUUCAAAAGUUUGGGGUUUUAUUUGAGAAAUAAAAAUGUUUCUUCGGGAUGCAUUAAAUGGAUCAAAAAUGACAGUAAAGACGUUAAUAAUUACAAAAGAUUUCUAUUUCAAAUAAAUACUUCGAUAUUUCAAUGCUAAAUACUAAAAUACCUCAAAAUAUAUGUAAAUUAUUUUAAUCCCUCAAAUAAAUUGUUUACAUAAUUUACAGUGGUUUUGAUCAAAUAAAUUCAGCCUUGGUGAGCAUAGGAGGCUUUGUUAAAAAAAUGUUAAAACAUAAUAUUACUGACCCCAAACCUUUGAAUGGUAGCGUGCACAUCAUGAGAGGGAAAAAAAGUAGAGAAUGUACAAAUACGAAAGUGCUGUAGGAGAAUUUUGUCAUUAAUUAGUUACUUCAUGUUGUGCUUUGUUUGUCUUAAGAGCAAAAUGUAAGAUAUUUUUUGGAUGACAACCAGGAGGCUUGUGAUUGUCCCAUUGACUGUAAAUAA